AGAUUUUCCAAAACUUUGUAUUAUUGUGAAACAACUUUGAGAAAAUCCCGAAUCAAAUCAAGGGAGGUCAUUCUUAAGGUUACUUGUUUGUUAAUGACAGGUUAUUGCCAAAUUUUAACAUAUAAAUGUUCUAAACAUUGUUAUUAGAUGUAAUAGACUAAUCAUGAACAUAGCAAGGACUUUCCUGACAUUUUCUGCACGUAGAGUACUUCAGUCUAAAUGUGCAACUUGUCUAGCAGUACAGAAAUGCCAAGUAUCUACAGGGUCAAGCUGCUGCCAAAAUGAUGCCAAGAAACUUAAAAUUAAAAGGUUUACACCACGUCGAGCAGUGCUAUAUAUACCCGGCAGUGAUGAGAGGAAGUUACAGAAGAUACAGAUACUAGAUGUAGACUGUGCCGUCAUGGACUGUGAAGAUGGUGUUGCUGCUAACAGAAAAGUGAGAGACAAACAUACAAUAACAAAACAAAUGGACACUAUUUUUUUUCCAUACAGAGUGUGUGGGGUUCGUGUAAAUGCUGUUAGUAGUGGAUUGAUGGAGGAAGAUUUACGUGUCAUAUUUCAGGCACAACAUUUACCACAGACAAUAAUGGUUCCUAAAGUAAACAGUGUACAAGAGCUUGCCUCGAUAACAAAUAAUUUACAGAAUGCUCUCAAAGAUCGCACAGUUCAGCAUAAGAUCUCACUUGUUUUGUUUGUAGAGAGUGCAUUAGGACUGAUAAAUCUACGUGAUAUUUGUGAGAGAGGCGUGGAACUCUCGUUACGAUCUAACAUCUAUAAUGUUGACGGUCUCGUGUUUGGCUCAGAUGACUUUUGUGCUGAUAUAGGUGCUAAGAGGUCAGCAGAAGGAUCAGAACUUCUCUAUGCACGUCAGAAAUUUGUAACGAUAGCUAAAGCUUUCCGACUACAAGCUAUAGAUAUGGUACAUAUAGAUUACAAAGACCAGGUGACCUUGAAGGAACAGUCUAUUAAAAGUGCAGGUAUGGGUUUCACAGGUAAACAGGUGAUUCAUCCAUCACAGGUACCCAUAGUGCAGGAAGCAUUUAGUCCAAGUGAAGAACAUAUAGACUGGGCUAAAGGACUCAUUAAGGCGUUUGAAGAUCACCAGACAUCUGGAACAGGGGCGUUUACAUAUCGUGGUCACAUGAUUGACAUGCCGUUGUUAUUGCAAGCGAAGAACGUUGUACAGUUAGCGGAAGCGAUACAUGCUGUACGUAGAAGUUUAUGAGAGAUGUUGUAACGGAGGAAUUUCAAUCACCACUGUAACAAGCUUAUAUUGAGUGCUGUGUUACUCCCAGCAGCUGUUGAGAGAUAACAUUGUCACGUCUGGUGUUUAAAAUGUCAAUUGUCUAUGUUUUUCAACAAUCUAAUGUCAUUGACAAUGUAUAAUUAGCAAAUUCACAUGCAAUCAAAAUACUCUAUGCAAGAGAAAGAAAAUGUUAUUCUUUGAAGCAGUUGUGCAUGUAAUCAAGCAAUCAUAUGAUUGUAGUCAUGAUUGACUUUUGAGAUUUUUUUCAAUAAUCAUAGUUUGAAUGCAAGACCAUAAACAGCCAAAAUUUUAUUGUGUUGUGUGUAUAUUUUUUCGUAUUUUCCAAUGAAAAGUUACAAAUUCUACAGUUUAUA